AUGGCGGACUCUCCCCCUACUCUAGAUUCUCUAAUCGUCUGGAGAUCAGACGCAAACACCGAGGCAUACGAAAAAGCUCGCGUCGACAGGGUGUUCAACCAGCGCAGGCCCAAGAGAUUUCCCAUCGCCGUGGUGGAAGCUAUACACGAAUCACAUGUAGUCGAUGCUGUCCGCCUAGCCAUCGAGCGAAACUGUCGCGUCUCCGUUCGCUCAGGCGGUCACAGCUGGGCGGCAUGGAGCGUCCGAGACGAUGCUAUUCUUAUCGAUCUGGGAAAACUCCAAGAAAUAAGCCUCGAUGAGAAGACAGGAAUCGUCAAGGUGUCUCCAAGCACGACCGGACGGAUGCUAAACGGCUUCCUCAGCGAGAAAGGACUUAUGUUUGCAGGUGGCCACUGCCCGGAUGUAGGCGUAGGGGGCUUUCUCCUGCAAGGAGGAAUGGGUUGGAACUGCAAGAACUGGGGCUGGGCGUGUGAGAAUGUGGUCGCCAUUGACGUUGUCACGGGAGAUGGAAGGCUUCUUCACUGCGAUGCCAACCAGAACAGCGAGUUGCUCUGGGCUGCCCGAGGCGCGGGACCUGGUUUUCCUGCGAUCGUCACACGGUUCUAUAUCCAGACACGGCGAUGUUAUUCCCACAUGCGAUCAUCCGCAUAUACCUAUCAGAAAUCUGAAUACCACAAAGCUAUGAAUUGGAUUUUAGGCAUCACGGCCGAAUACGACGAUGACACUGAGAUCGUCGUCGUAGGAAGCUACCCUCCGGGGAGCCCGGAUAUCUGCAUCACUGUGCUCUUGGUCACCUUCAAAAACAGCGAAGAAGAGGCACGUAAAGCGUUGCAAGAGGCUGAAGACAGCCAUCCUCCAGGCACCGUCAACAAAUGGUUCUGCAACCCCACCAGCUUGAAACAGGAAUAUGAGGAUCAAGCUGCGGCUAACCCAAGCGGUUACCGCUACUGCGCUGACAAUGCUUACAUCUCGAACGAUGCCGACGUAGCCGAGACGUUGCAGGCAGCGUUCACUACGCUGCCUCACAGAAAAUCAUUUACUCUUUGGUAUUCGAUGGCACCCGUUAGUAGGCGGAAACUUCCCGACAUGGCUCUCAGCAUGCAGACGGACCACUAUUUUGCGCUGUAUACGAUUUGGGAAGACGAAAAAGACGACGAGCGGUGCCAGAACUGGGUAAGGGACAUUAUGAAGGAUGUCGAGACACGGUCGGAAGGAGCAUACCUCGGUGAUUCAGACUUUCAAACCCGCAGAACCAGAUUUUGGGGAGAGGAGGAGGGAAAGAAGCUGAUGCGUCUUCGGAGGGAUUGGGAUCCGUUGGCGAGAAUAUGUGGUUAUCUCGAUGUGGGGGAUAAAUCUGGGCUGAAUGGGUUGGAGAAUGUACAUGAGUGGCAGGUAGUGGCCAAGAUAUGA